GCUUGAGUAUAAUUAAAUCAAAUUUUACCUUUAAAGUUUUGUCAUCACUGGCACUGACUAUCAACCUGCUGUCUGAGGACCAAGCCACAUCACUGAUACCCAUUUUGUGUCCUGAUAUUGUCUUCUCAAAUUUGCCAUCAUAAGCACCCCAUACUUUGAUAAGUUUGUCAGCAGCUGAAAAAAAACAAUAGAAAUGUUAUCUCUUAUACAUUUUUGUAAUUAUUUAUGGUUCUUAAUAAUAUGAUAAUAAGAAUGACAUCAUUAUUUAGCGUGGCUUAAGUAAUCAUGCACAUAAAAUGCUGAGUUGCUUGCCUAGCAACAGUUGGUUUAAAUUGUAAAUUGAAGUGAAGUAGAAAUAUGCACCUGAGUGCAAUACUAAGUAGAGAUAACAGUAAUGACUAAGGCAAAAUAUUACAAAAAUAUUAUUGGACACAGACCAAUUCAAUUUCUUUGUAGUUUAAAUGUGUUAAGUGACAUAUUAACUUCCUACUACCUUUAACUCUUCAAAGACUAAUACUGACAUAGGAUGACAUUGCCAGUCGUAAAAAUAAAUCUUUUUUAACAUUGGCACGUUGGAAAUGACCUCUUUGACAUUCCCAAGGUUACAUUUGACAUUAAAAAUCCGCCGCUGUUCGAGUCAGGAUUUUGCAAAAUAGUUUGAAAAACUGUAACGAAAAUGGCUUUAAAUAAGCUUAGUAUUGAUGCCCUAAACUUAGCUGGCAAGCGGGUAUUGAUGCGAGUGGAUUUCAACGUCCCCUUGAAGGACGGAGUCAUCACCAAUAACCAGCGUAUCGUCGCCGCUUUGGAUUCUGUUAAAUAUGCGUUAGACAAAGGGGCAAAAUCUGUUGUACUUAUGUCACAUCUUGGCAGGCCCGAUGGUCAGGCAAACCUAAAGUAUACCCUAAAGCCGGUCGCUGAGGAGCUCAAGAAACUUUUGAACAAAGAUGUAACAUUCCUUCCUGACUGUGUGGGUCCUGAAGUAGAAGCUGCCUGUGCUGACCCUACCCCUGGAUCCGUAAUCCUGCUGGAGAACCUCCGUUUCCACAUUGAGGAGGAAGGCAAGGGUGUUGAUGCAUCAGGUGCUAAGGCUAAAGCUGACCCUGAAAAGGUCAAGGCAUUCAGGGAAAGUCUGAGGAAGUUGGGUGAUGUUUACAUCAAUGAUGCCUUUGGUACAGCCCACAGGGCACACAGCUCAAUGAUGGGAGAAGGCUUUGAACAGAGAGCCAGUGGUUUCUUAUUGAAGAAGGAGCUACAGUACUUUGCUAAGGCUCUGCAUGAACCAGAAAGGCCAUUCCUUGCUAUUUUGGGAGGUGCUAAAGUAGCUGACAAAAUUCAGUUGAUUGAGAACCUGUUAGAUAAAGUCAAUGAGAUGAUCAUUGGUGGUGGUAUGGCCUACACUUUCCUCAAGGAAACUCAAGGAAUGGCUAUUGGUAACUCCUUGUAUGAUGCAGAGGGCGCGAAAAUUGUAGGCAAGCUCUUGGAAAAGGCUGCCAAGAACAAUGUGAAAGUUCACUUGCCUGUUGACUUUGUCACCGGUGAUAAGUUUGAUGAGAAUGCACAGGUUGGCGCUGCCGAUAUUGCAAGCGGUAUCCCCGACGGUUGGCUCGGUCUCGAUGUUGGUCCCAAGUCCCAGGCACUUUUUGCCGAACCCAUUGCGAGAGCUAAAGUUAUUGUAUGGAAUGGACCAGCCGGAGUGUUUGAAUUCGAGAAGUUCGCUGGUGGCACCAGGGCUCUCAUGGAUGGUGUUGUGAAGGCCACUGCAAAUGGAACCAUCACUAUUAUUGGCGGAGGCGACACAGCAACCUGCUGCGCCAAAUGGGGAACUGAAGACAAGGUCUCUCACGUGUCUACCGGCGGUGGUGCAUCCCUUGAGCUGCUUGAAGGUAAAGUGUUGCCAGGAGUAGCAGCUUUAUCUGAUGCAUAGAUAAUAAAUGAGCAAAGAGUAUUUACACCUAUUUGCUUCCUAGAAGUGUUUGAAAUUAUAUCCUAUUUGAUAGAGCGAAAAGUCAAGAAAUCAUGUUUUGUAAGUGAUAUGUAUGUAUAGUACAUUAUUUAUAAGUUAUAAAGAGAAGUGUCAUGUGUAUCGAAUAGUGCAAUAAUUUAUAAUCGAAAUAAAUGAGAUUGUUGUUUAAAG